AUGCUUCGGUCUCUCUUCCGUAGGCCGCCUAGCGUUCGCGUGCCCGUCCAGAAUGGUACAGUCGACUUGCAAAGGGUUGCGAUAACCCGAAGAACGAGAUCGAGCCCUGUCCUUUACCGCGUAUUUACGACGGUUGCGGUCACAUAUUUUGUAGCAAGGACAAUCAACCACUUCUACCCGGACAGUGCUCAUUCCUCCAAACAAUCGGCGGGCACUGUUAAGAAUGGACAGAGACCUCAGGACCAUUCGAAAGCAUGGGGAGAACACGGGGAGAAGGCGAAUGCCGCUGUAUCACAAAACGAGCUGGAAGUUAUACACUUAAUGCUACCGAUAUGGAUUCGCCAACAGAAACCGAAGCCCUGGAAGGCGGACGACCCGACUUGGAAAUCAUUUCAAGCUCUGGCUGAUGACAAGAAACGCUUGAAAGACGUCACAGCGAGUAUCAAGAGUUCCCUGAUGAAAGCGGUUCUGAUCAAAUAUGGACGAACUCUGAUGGAACUCAGUUCAAAACAGUCGAAUGGUAGGCACAAGGUGACCUACCACGAGAGCUGGAGAUUAGCUCCUCCCCUGUACGCCCCGGCCUCAUACGAGGUUCCCUGUAUCUUCAUUCAGCCCAACGGAACAAGUUAUGGGUGGCGUCAAGUACCGCACAGUGUUGGGGAAAAGCUGGAUCGCGUAUUCCAUCCCCUUGGUUUGGCGAAAGCAUUCUACCACGGCGUAGAGGAAUUUGUCUGGGCUUCCUACCUGAUUACCAAGGCCCGACUAGUGGAUCAAAUCAAUUCAUUGACCGGGACCGAGAAACCUCCCAGCAUACCUCGCAAGACUUUGUCCGAGGACGAGAAGGCUUUGAAGCGGAUCGUAAUCGGUCGCAUGCCGGAGACCUGGAAAGAAGCCUUUCUCCCUUUCCUUCGUGGCGAGUAUGGAGAGCAUGAAUCACGGAGAGCGUAUCGUAAUCUAGUCAAGAACAUGACCUACCAAGGCGCAAUCGAGUCGGCAUGCGCUGUGUUUCAGGUUCGUUGGUUCCAAGAGCGGCAGAGGUCGAUGCAAUCGCACACGGGAAACAGUGUCUUGCUGAGGGGGAACGUUGCCUUUGUCGGUGAUAGGGGCACUCUCUUCAUGCACGUUGUAGCAGUCUACUCGCCAGAGACUGAUUCUCUCGUCGGUCAGCCUAUCAUCAAGGACACGUAUCUGUCACCAAACAUGGAGAAGUGGGUACAACAGGAGACACCCAAAGCGGCGGCCAAGGGAGCACUUUAUAAAUUUGAAGGGAAGAAGAAAGAAAAAGGAGACACCGAAGACGCCUGGAAGCAACCAUCGCAGCGAGAAGGGACGUCAAGGACAGAGAAGCCUCCAACUGAUGAGACACAAGAGGAGGAGAGAGAAAAAUAA